AUGCGCAUGCAUGGGUUUCCCUCGUUAAUCCAGUCCUCUCGUCGCUCUUUGGUUGCUCGCAGGAGCUAUAUGCUACAUCCACACUGGUGCAAUACCCAUCGGAAUAUCUGCCACCAUGCCCGCCGUCCUGCCCUACGCGUCAUUGGAGCUUCAAUUCCAGCUCAGCUCGAGCAGAUAAGGGGCAAAAAGACACAAUCUAGUCUCAAACUAAAAGAUUUACCUCAGGGUGCUUUGAAGCUCGAACCCUACAAUGAUGCCCCGGAAGAUGAUACACCUCAAUAUCCGACAGUGAUCCAAGGACACCGGAAUAACAUGCAGAAAUUCAAGAACUGUGUGCUGUUGACCAGAGUCGGGAGUUUUUACGAGUUAUACUUCGAACAAGCAGAAGAGCUCGCUCCGUUACUCAACAUCAAGCUUAGUCUUAAAAAGACCAACGCUGGUCCAGUUCCCAUGGCAGGCUUCCCAUUAUACCAGGUCGAUCGGUUUCUGAAAGUCCUAGUCCAAGAUCUCAACAAAUACGUUGCUAUUAGUGAAGAGUUCGCCAACACCGCAGAAGAAAAAGCACGCUCUAAAGGCCUGAUGUUUGACCGGAGAGUUGCCAGAGUCAUCACACCCGGCACUCUUAUUGAUGAGAAGUUCAUGGAUCCAACUCAGAACAACUUCUUACUGGCUAUCUAUAUGGAUAUCUCCUCGCUGAAGGCGCAUAUAGAAGAUCAGGCCGUUGAGGACAGCGAUGUAUCCUCUCAUCAACACGUCUUAGCCUCCCCUUCUCAACCCGUAGGCCUGGCCUGGCUGGAUCUCUCCACGGGCGAAUUUCUCACCCAGUUCACGACAGCACAAAUGCUUCCCUCGGCCAUCGCGCGUAUUGGAGCUCGCGAGAUACUUGUGGACCAAACUGCUCAGGAUCUUAUCGGGCAUGAGCUACAGUCAUUGGUCGGACAGGAUCAUCGUUUAUUGACUUUCUUCCCAUUUUCCGGAGAUGUCGUACCCAUGUCGGACUGGGGCUCGAUGCUCGAAAGACCCGUCCCAACGGCCACUAUUGAUACGUUCACGCCCGAGGAGACUGCUGCAGGUUACAACCUCUUGGAGUACAUCCAAGUUCAGCUGCAGGGUUCGAACAUGCAACUUCAACCACCACGUCGUCGACAUUUGAAUGAAUCCAUGAGCAUUGACCGGAAUAGUUUGAGGGGGCUAGAAAUUCUCGAGACAGCCCGCGAUGGUUUCGGGAAAGGCAGUCUUCUUCACGCAGUCAGACGGACCAGCACAAAGAGCGGCGCCCGUCUGCUGAGAGACCGUCUGACAUCCCCAUCUACCUCACUAGAGGUCAUCAACGAACGCCUUGACCUGGUGUCGAUCUUCGUCGAAGAUACGGGACUACGGGAGAGCAUUACGCAAUUACUGAAACGUAGCUACGAUGCCCAGCGCCUGGUUCAAAAAUUCACACUGGGGCGUGGUGACGCAGAUGACCUGAUCUGCCUUUCAAGAGCCAUCCAGGCCUCGAGGGAGAUUCGACAGGUGUUGUCGGUAAAGGAUGGCGAUGGAUCUGAUGCUGGAGUUAAGGGCAGUCUCAAAACGAUGAUCGACCGGCUUCACCUCGACGGACCUACGAUCCUUGCGGAUCAAAUCCUCGCAGCCAUCGACGAAGAGGGUCUCAUGCAGAAGCAGCGCAUGGAAGACGCGACGGCAGCGGAGGCAGCGAUGCUGGCACAAGAAGUAACGGCGACAGAGGGAUUACCAGAAGACAUCGAAACGUUACCAAAGAAGGUGAAGGGAAAGAAAAAUACCGCCACCGCAGCGGAGGAACAAACCGUCGAUACGUGGAUCAUGAGACGCGAGGCAAGUCCAGCUUUGCGCGGACUCCACGAGGAGCUAGAUCGACUGCACGAUGAAAAGUCGCGGUUAACAACGUGGCUUCGCGAUUCUGUUGGAUCGCCCCAUAUAUCACUCAGGUGGUCAGCCGGACUGGGCCACAUUUGCCAUGUCAGGAAUGCCAGAAUUACGCAGGCAUCGCUCGAGGAGCUAGGAGUAACGCGAAGCGUAUAUUCAACCAAGAGCACCCGAUCAUUUUACCUGCCAGCAUGGACAGAUCUUGGCGGUAAAAUGGACCAAAUAAAGGUUCAAAUCCGGCAGGAAGAACAUGUGAUAUUCGAACGACUGCGGCGGGGCGUGAUCCUGAAUCUGGUAAAGAUCCGGCAUAACGCGGCCGUUAUGGACGAGCUCGACGUGGCUUGUUCAUUCGCCAGCCUUGCUCAAGAACAGAACCUGGUCCGUCCGAUAUUGAAUAUGGGCACGGCGCAUCGGAUCGUGGGUGGUCGACAUCCAACAGUCAAGCUGGGACUCGAGGAACAGGGUCGGCCGUUUGUGAGCAACGACUGCUUUUUAGGCGAUGACGCGGAACGAAUCUGGCUCAUCACAGGUCCUAAUAUGGGAGGAAAGAGCACCUUCCUUCGUCAGAACGCUUUGAUCACGAUUCUGGCACAGGUUGGCUCCUUUGUACCAGCGGCGUAUGCAGAACUCGGGAUUGUCGACCAGAUAUUCAGUCGGAUUGGUGCAGCUGAUGACCUCUUCCGCGAUCAAUCGACGUUCAUGGUCGAGAUGUUAGAAACGACAGCCAUUCUAACACAAGCGACACCGCGCUCUUUCGUGAUCAUGGACGAGGUUGGCCGAGGAACAACACCCGAAGAUGGCACGGCGGUGAGUUACGUGUGCCUGCAUCAUUUGCAUUAUCGAAAUCGAUGCCGGACGCUAUUUGCAACGCACUUCCACGCUCUGGCGAAGAAGACACGUGAUUUUGAUGCACUAGGACGGUACUGUACCGAUGUCAAGGAAACGGCAUCUGGAUCGUUCUCUUUCGUCCACCGACUGCGGAAGGGGGUUAAUCGCGAGUCGCACGCGUUGAGAGUAGCGAAAUUGGCGGGAUUGCCCCAAGAAACCAUAGAAAUGGCCAGGGAGUACCGGGAUGAGUUGCGGGAUGGAAAAGAUGGUGAAACAAUCCUUGAUUGA